GUUGACGAUGCACUGCCACAGACUACUUAGCUGCUCCCCUAGCUGAACAUACCACGGUAUCUACGCACUCUACUCAUACACCACGGUGCGAUGCCACGGAAAGCGAACAAGUCACCAUCUCCAAAGAAGAUGAAGCAGAAAACUUUGGCCGGUUUUCUGUUUUCCUCCUCUCCACCUUCAAGUCCACCCCCAGCACCUGUGAAGAAGAGACAGGCAAAGCGGAAGCGCGAGGUUCUCGCUGUUGACUCGGACGAAAGUGAUGAUGCGGCACAAGAUAGCGAUGUUGGCGCGAUCAAGUUUGAACCUGAAACUAUCGAUAUCAGCGAUGAAGACAAUUCGCCACGCCGACCGAGUACUAAACGGCGCAAGAAAUCCCUUGUUGUCACGGACAGUCUGCCAGACAUGGCAGGAAGUGAUGGCUCACUUGAGGGUGGUAUUGGUAUUCCUACGCGAUGGAAAGGGAAUAAGAAGAGGAAGAGGAAAGCAAUAGCAGAUUCCGAUGAGGAAUCUCAACCUCGCAGACCAAAGUUAGUCAAGGGUGCCAGACCUCCAAGUCCUGAAGAAAGUGUUAUAGAUGAAGUCGACGAGAAUCACAUCAUCGAGUCGCGUUUCCGCGCUCGCGACAAGAAAUCAACAUUUCAAAAACAUCUUGAGAAGUUGAAGAGUCUCAAGGGCAAGAAACGCUCGGGGAUCAACCUUGAAUCCUCGGAGUCGGACGCCGAGUCGCCGGAAGGCUCGGUGGUGCGACCCUUCAAGGAUGCGCGGCCAGAUCGCGAUGAAGAUACUGAGUCCUCUAGUGUGGAACAUGAUCAGACAGACGAAGAUGAUAACUUUAUUGUUGAGGAUGACGAACAAGGCCUUUCGCCUACGCGACUCCCUAUCGCUUUCAGCAUGAAUACCCACCAAGAUCUCACCCAUCAAUUCAAGAUCGUCUGCCAAUUAUUUGUUCACAUGGCUGUUCGUUCUACUACUGAAAGGCGCCCAUUCAUGCAGAAGAUGCUAGAAGCGGAGGAAUAUUUCUCUGUCCCACUUCAGGUGAUGCGACGGAAAUUAUCUGGGAUGAAAGACUCGCUGGUCACGUCCUCAGUCUGGAAACCCCAAUUCAAGAGGCCGCUUGAAAGACACCCUGAAUUCCAAUUAGUAAGAAUGACAUUCAGCGUUCCUCAGUGUGAUGCUUGCAAUCUAGGUGGGAGAGUAUCCACACUGCUUGGCCGAGUGAGUGGCAAGCCAUACGACAAAUAUGAUUUCGAGUCGGAGUCGGAGGACGAGGACGAGUCAUCAAGGUCAUCAGAGACUGAUGAUGAUGAUGAUGAUGAUGAUGAAUCUUGUGUCAGACAGUUUCAUCUCGGCCGCUUCUGCGCUGCUCGGACACAAGUUUUCCACGAGUUCAGUCACUGGGAGUAUCACUUGUAUCACUCCUUGUUGCGGGAGAUCGACGAAGUUCUCGAUGACAAUCGCGAAUUUUUCCGAGUCGCUUUCGCGGGGGGUGUCAAGCCUCCCAAAAAUAUGCGAGAUGCAGAUAAGGUUAUGGACUGGCUUGAUCAGCGUGGAUUAGUGGAGUUCGAGUGGCAGAAAAUUCGCGAGUUGAUGGAUAAAGCCAGGAAUUUAGAAAUGCGCGCCAAAAGGGGAGGCAAUCUGGACGACCUGGAUAUCUAACUGUGGUAUCUGUAUAUUCGUUAUCUUUGUUCACACUAUGACUUGUACCAAGCAACCAUUUUUCUUCUUUGAAUGCGAUGUACUGCAU